AUGCUCGUUUUUCCUAUGCUAUACACAUUUCUGACAUUAACUGCAAGAUGGCGUUAAACGUUUCCGAAUUAAUUUUCUUGUGGAAGUGAUGAUAGAAGGGUAGGGACAGUCCAGUUUGUACCUGCGAAUAGUUAGUCGUGUGUCGUGGCUUUCGGUAUUUUGGAUAAUCAGUGACAUUUAACAUCAAGUAUUGGUGAUAUUAGUACAUACAAAAGAACUUCAUUCAAAAUGAUGCAAUUCAUGUUAUUGUUCAGUCGCCAAGGAAAGUUACGUCUACAAAAAUGGUAUGUCGCCCAUCCUGAUAAACUGAAGAAAAAGAUUACACGGGAACUGAUCACAACAAUACUUGCCAGAAAACCUAAAAUGUCCAGCUUUCUGGAGUGGAAAGACGUCAAGGUCGUAUAUAAGAGAUAUGCUAGUUUAUACUUCUGUUGUGCAAUUGAGCAGAACGACAAUGAAUUACUCACCUUGGAGAUCAUUCACCGUUAUGUGGAACUUUUGGAUAAGUACUUUGGCAGUGUAUGUGAAUUGGAUAUCAUCUUCAACUUUGAGAAGGCGUACUUUAUUCUGGAUGAACUUUUGGUCGGUGGAGAGAUUCAGGAGACCAGCAAAAAGAAUGUGUUAAAAGCCAUUGCUGCACAGGAUCUUCUGCAGGAGGAGGAAACACCUCAAGGAUUCUUCGAGGAUCACGGAUUGGGAUAAUUACGGGAUCGUCCUUUGCAUUUUCAUCAGCUCCUACGAUUUCUGUACAUUCGUCAAAAUAUCGCUCGAACUUCUUCGUCCCAAUGCAAUCAUGGAUUAGACGUAUAAGAUGUAUGCUUCGAAGAAAAAAUGUUAUCUGUACCGGACCGACCGAUUGCAAUUACGAUUAACAUGCGUGUCGUAUAUAUUAAUUAAUAAUUACCUCGGUGCCUUGAUGUAUUACUAUUUUUUUUUGUUUUUUCUUUUUGGAUCGCUUGAUUCUUGAUUUUUUAUCGUUUCCCUUUUUUUUAAAUAUACUUCCAGCCCUCGCAGUAUUUCUGUACGAAUAGGAGAAACUGCUGAUCGAAAUUGCAAUCGGUCGACACAAGUCAAUGAGUAGAUAUGAUAAUUGACUUGGUAUGCUGUAAAAAUUAUUGUACUAAAGCAUCGUUGGCUUUAUAGGGUAAACAUUGAACGGAUUAGAGAUGUAAUUUAGGCAUUUGAAAAUCUAGUUGGGGGUAGCUUAAAACAAUGUAUUUCUUUAGUUUUCUUCUUUAAUCGGACGACUAAUUGCGUUUUAUUAUUUAAACUAAUCGUCUCAGCCACGCAGCCAUUGGUUAAUCGGUUAACGCAAUUAGGUAAUUUCGUUUGAAUAACUUAUCAUUAGCCAUCUAGCGGUAACGUUAAGUAAUAUUUCAUAUUUAAUGACAAGUCCACGAAAAGUAUUGACCUUGCGACCUAAAGUAUUAAUUAAAGACUAGCGGUGACUGCUUAACUUAAUUUUACAUGCCGGGAAGGCGUCGAUGACGAAAAUCAAAACGAGGAUAAACUAGUGAUCAUCCGAUCGAUUGGUUCGCGCUAAAGUCUCAAUAAAUGUAGAGUGAACUUGUGUAGGAAGUGGUUGUUGGAAAUCUUCGUUUCGAAUAAUGCGACAGUGCAUGGAGACGUUAUACAAUUUAUGCGCACAAUUGUUCUUUUAAUGCAUAAGGUAUUUAAAGCUAGACAAGUAGGGCAUCGUUACUCUUUCUGCGUGCACGAGGUUCUAUUUGAUACCGUAUGUUAAAUGGACUCAAACCCAAUCAAAAUGUCAGAAAUAAUGUCGAUACCACAGUGAGGCUAUUAUUAUUAUACAGAAAAGAACGUACGACGAUGUCAUUAAAGUUGCUGAAAUCCGUCGAGUAACUCAUUGUGCAGUUAUAGAACUGUGGGCGAUACAUUCCUUGAAAGAAAUUGUUUAAUUGUAGAGAAAAAAAAGUGGCGCUGCCUGCUGAUUCAAGUAUUUAUAAUGUCAGUCGUCUACGUAUGGUACCGUCGACCGGUAGCUUUGGUAACUUUAUUUCUAGCUAUUAUCGUCACCCAUGUAUACGCUGAGGUUUCCUUUAGGGAAACUACUGUUAUCAGCAACAUUCCGUUACUGGCUCAGCGUGUCCUGUCUUUAAGGAUACAGUUGCGAAAUUAAAUCUGCGAACGUUUAUAACUAUACAAUUUUUAUCUUAAUAUUUGUUCCUUACGAUGGCAUUGUAAUCGCUUAAUCAUUCCACUAUCGUAUAAGUUAGAGCUUCUUAGCCAACAGUAUGAAAAAUUAUGCUACUUGCGCGAGUAUCUAUGACUGGCAAUGUGUAAAAGUAUUAAUGGCUGCCGUCGACUGUCCUUCACGGUUUAUUGACAAUUUUCUCGCCACGUGGUUCAAUACUUAUUUCCAUACAGUGAAAUUUUCGAAAUUCUUCAAACAAGGGAUACAAAGUUGCCACGGGGUGGCAGCCUGCAACCUCAGCUAUCCUGGAUCUAAAUUACGGCUGCUUCUGCUUCAGUGAUUUUCCAAUAGAUAUUUUCGGGAAAUAUGGAUCUCGAGCCACGUGGAGAGAAAAGCGUUUACGAGCGGAGACCAUUAAUGCUCUCGAAUGUGCGUUGCCCGUUGAAUUUUCGAUUUUAAUGAAUAUUUUAAUGCGUCAGUUAGGAUCGGCAAUUAAAUACCAAUAGAUCUUACUGUUUUGCGUCAGUUCGUCAGUUCGUAUUAAAAUAAUAUAAAUUAUAUGCAAGUGCGAAUCAAGUAUCACGUUAAAUAGACCAUGCUUAAGCUCCGUCCAUAACAAAGUAUAUAAUAAAUAUUAAUAAAAACUUGUUACUACACUA